AUGGAAAAAGGAAUGACACUCAGAGAUGGGAAACAAAUAAGAGCAGAAGGAGAAUCAGAUGAAGAAGAAAGGAGACAUGGAAUGGGUGAUUUCCAAGUACAUUAUAUGGAACAAGACCAUAAUGAAGAAACAGAGAGAACUGAAACAGAAGAAAUGAUAGAAAAUCAAACAGCAGAAAAUUCACAGAAAAAGAAAGAGAGGAUGGAUAUAAUGAACAUAAAGGAAAUAAUAAGAGAUCAUUUAGAAAAUCAUGCGUUAAUAUGGUUUUCUGCCAGGGAAAAAGAUAUGUCGGAAUUUCAAGAUUUUGAAACGGCAUUUUUACAAUAUUUCUGGGGGGAAAAUACUCAAUCAACCAUCAGGGAACAAUUAUAUUUCGGAAAGUUUGAUGAAAAUAGAAGCCAUAGUUUGAACAAUUAUGCAAUCCAACUACAUGCGAUGACACAAUAUCUGGAACCACCAAUCCCUGAGGAGGAAAUCGUUAUGUUCAUAGCAAGGCAUUUCAAGGCAGAAUUGGCUGAGACCAUUGCAAUACAAAAUAUAAGAAAAUUGGAUCAAUUAUCUAUAAACUACAAUACUAAUACUAACAAUAGAAACAACAAUGAUUCAUACAGACAAAAUAAUUAUAAUGACAGGAACAAUAGACAAUAUAGAGGACUGGAGAGAAGAAAUUCUGAAGGAAAUAUGCAAAGAGGAAAUGGAGAUCAAGAGACAAGAAGAGUAAAUUUUCAAAGAAUCAAUCAAGAUAGAAGAAAUAGAUCAGAAAGCAGAGAUGAUGAUGUAACAAAUAUAAAUGAGACAAGAUUACAUACAGCACAAAUAUAUAGGGAAAAUACAAGACAGACAACUGAACAAAUAAAUGACAAUGAAAAUUUUUAA